AUGGUCACCACCAGGCGCGGCCUUGACACGGACAGCCCAGCAGCGGGCACGCCGGCGAACAAACCUUUACCUACGUCGGAGAGCUCUACAAUUGAAAUCACAGCGAAAACGGCCACUUCGAAGCGGAAGGUUGAGCAGAGUACCACUACACCGAUGGGUGUUGCAAAGAGAAGGAGAGUCUACAAAAUCCACGCUCGAGCAAAAUCAAACGGCGCUGUGCACGAGAAGCAAAUGCGCGUCGUAGAAGAAGAAAACUCGAAUGGAUCAGCGAGCGGCGACGGCUCUUCUGUGGAAGACGGGACCGCCGCAGAUACAAGUGACACGAUACACGUGCGGCCCAAGAGCCCGGAAGUAGUAAUCGAGGCCACUUCGCACCGCGAGGAACACCCGGACGCUGCCCGGAUUCCAAGUACGGCAAGCGCUAGCACACCAGAGCAGGAACCUAUGUACGAGCACCUGGCAACACCAGCCACCGCGUCCGUCUACGCAACACCCGCAACGACACUCCGCACAACGCAAAUGUCACCGGCAAGGAAGACCCCCGUGCCAGAGGUCCCCAGCUCGACCUUGGACUCAGAAAUGACAGAAGAAGCAUCCACGCCUCAACCCACCAGGUCCCGCAACACGUCCAGACAACCCACUGCCUCCCCCACCGUCUCACGCAACUCAGCACCACCAACCGCAUCCACCGCAAAUGCCGGCUCAAGCAGCGCGGCCCCUGCCGGCUCACCUUCCUCAACCGAACCGACGCCCAAACCCUCCCGCCCACCCCCCGCCCCCGUACCAAAAAGCACACACAUCCGCUUCGGCAGCGAAGAGCCCCCGCCCCCCGCCUCGGCACCCCUAGAGAUCCCCUCCUCCUCCCAGCCCUCAAACGCAGACCUCCCCGCAGGCUCAGACGACGCAAGCGACGACGAAGCCCCCGAGACCAUCACCACAGCCUCCGCGCUCGCCGCCGCGCGCGCGCGCGAGCAAGAAGCUGUGCGUGCGGCCGAGCAGCGCGACGAGGCUGAGCGGAAACGGCGGAGGGAAAGGGAUGAGAGGACGAGGCGGCAGGCGGAGAAGAAGGAGAGGAGGAGGGAGAGGAAGGAGCGCGAGAAGGCGAAGGGGGCUGGGGUACUUGAGCUAGACGCAGCGGCUCCAGCGGUAGACGAGGUAGCAGACGACGCAGCCCCGGCGCUGCUCCACCCACCCACCAAGCUCGACGUCAAUAACCUCCCGGCUCUGCUACCGGAAGAGCUACUAGCCGCGGCGCCCGAGGUGCGGCCGCCUACGCCACCGCCUCCGGCUGCCGCGCAAGCAGUGGCGAGGAAAGCCAAGCACCACCGCUUCCUGGACGCGGAUGAGAGGCCGCCGAAGGAUGUUAAGCGCGGCCCCGUGAGUGUGCGGGUGCUGCAGCAGACGAACAGGCUGUUGGCGCCUAAGGCGAGCGCUAAUAGUCGGAAUCUAAGGGAGGCGUGGCUGAAGGGGCGGCAGGGGUUGGGAAGGGGGGGCGGGAAAGGGGGUGGCAAGGGAAUGGUGGGGGCGAAGAUUGAGAGGAGGGCGAAGAAGGGGGGUUUCUUGGUGGGAUAA